UUCAUUUAGCAUAUAUAUAUAUACGUAUAUAUCUCUCUAUAUAUAUGCACGCAUGUACGUAUCACCCCUUCACCUUAAUUAAGCAAAUUAACCCACCUGAGUUAGAAUCUUGUAUUGUCCUCUAAAUCGCUCUUGUAGUGUUUUUUUUUUCAAUUUACAGUCAGAGUUUACAUAAUUAAUAUCAAUCCCCAUAUAUAAUUAAACAAAUUGCAAGGGAAGAGACAGUGCCCCGGGAAACAAGCCACUUCACGUUUCGCUUAAAGGGAAGUUAUAAAACGAUGAAGCCAUGCAUGUCGGCAUUGAAACAAAUCCAACCGUUGUUGAGCUUCCAAGGACCCGCCGGGAUCACGAUGGUCGACGUUCCUUUUUUCCGGCGAAAGGACAGGGUGGUCUUCGUCAUGGGCGCCACCGGCACCGGAAAAUCUCGCCUCGCCAUCGACCUCGCCACCCGUUUUCCGGCGGAGAUCGUAAAUUCCGACAAGAUCCAAGUCUACAAGGGCCUUGACGUCGUCACCAACAAGGUCACACCGGAGGAAAGCCGCGGCGUCCCCCACCAUCUCCUCGGCACCGUCGAUCCAGACGCCGACUUCACGGCGGCAGACUUCGCGCGUGAGGCCACGCGUGCGGUUCAGUCCAUCGUCGAGCGGGACCGAGUCCCCAUCAUCGCAGGAGGGUCAAACUCGUACAUCGACGCCUUGGUCAACGACUGCGUUGACUUUAGGCUCAGGUACCAAUGUUGCUUCUUGUGGGUCGAUGUCUCGAGACCGGUUCUGCACUCCUUUGUCUCCGAGCGUGUCGACAAGAUGGUCGAGAUAGGUCUUGUUGACGAGGUUCGCCGGAUCUUUGACCCCUCGGCGGAUUACUCCGUCGGAAUCCGCCGCGCCAUCGGAGUACCGGAGCUCGACGAGUUUCUCCUGUCGGAGUUACAAGAAUCUACCGACGAAAACAGAGCAAGACUGCUGGAGACAGCGAUUGGGAAGAUCAAAGAGAACACGUGUUCGUUGGCAUGUCGGCAGGUGCAGAAGAUCCAGAGGCUCUACAAGCAGUGGAAAUGGAACAUGCACAGGAUCGACGCGACGGAGGUGGUUCUCCGGCGAGGAGAAGAAGCCGACGAGGCUUGGGAGACCAUCGUGGCUCGGCCGAGUUCCCUCAUCGUGGAACAGUUCCUCAGAUACAGCGAAGAACGUCGCCGUUUGGACAGCACCGAGAUUCUCUUGCCGGAGAUAGCGGCGAUGCCGCCACUCCCCGCCGUUGCAGCCGUUUCCCGGUGAAACAAACAGAACAGAAACAGAGUAUAGCUUCAGAGCCGCCAUUAUAAACUACAGUAUAAGCGAUUAAGCUAGAAAGAUACACAGAGGACGAAGGCAAAAGACACGGAUACGCCACGUGGCGAAAUGGGUCGCUGUCGGGGAAAAAAAUGCAUGAUCUACUUACUAUAGUGUGUUAAUAGUUUACUAUACGACACGAACUAGUUUCUAAAGGAGAGUGAAAUCACGCGCGGAGGACGCAGCCAAGUUUUCUGCGGUGGCUAGGCUGUGGUGCGAACGAAUGCACGUUAACACGGUGGGGAUAGGAAUCUCCACCGUUUGGUUUUGGUCCACGCGGUUUUCCCAACGGUGAAUAGUGGACCCCACUUUUGACGGCGGUUGUCGAGAUGUGUGUGGGUCCCGUUUUGUGACAUAUAUAUCAUGAUUGGGUAAUAAUUGAAAUCAACGGCUUGUGAUGUGAUUAAUAUUUCUUAAUAAACUCAUCAGUAUUUUUUUAUGUAUUAGAAAAAUAAAA